AUGUCGUCUGUGGUUUCAGACUCUUCUGUUAAUUCAACCUUUGUUCGUCCUUCAACUUUUUUCAUUAAUGGCUUUUCUAAUAUCCCACAUGGAAAGUACUAUUAUGUGUUUUUGUCUUUAGUUUAUGCUGUGACUGUUUUUGGGAAUUCUUUUAUCAUGUGUAUCAUCUGUUUGGCCCGCAGACUUCACACGGCCAAAUAUAUUGUUGUCUUUCACUUGGCUUUUUCUGAUCUGUGUGGAAGCUCAGCUUUGAUUCCAAAGCUCAUAGAUAUGUUUUUGUUUGAUAAUCAAUACAUUUCAUAUGAAGCCUGCUUGGCAAAUAUGUUUUUUGUUUUUCAUUUUAUGAACCUGCAGUCUUUAACACUACUUGUCUUGGCUUUUGACAGAGUGAUCGCUAUUUGUUUACCCUUAAAGUACCAUGCCAUCAUAACCAAAUCAGCCAUGUUUCUGAUCAUAACGGCUAUGUGGAUUUUUUCUAUGGCUAUUUUUGCAAUAGUCAUAGGUUUGCUCACUAGACUUUCGUUUUGUGGAUCCACUGUGGUCAAUAGUUAUUUCUGUGAUCACGGUCCUAUCUAUAGAUUAGCUUGUAAUGAUAAUUCCUUAAAUCAAAUUAUGGCACAUAUUUGCUUUGGUCUCUUGAUGUGCCUGCCACUGAUAUGUAUAAUCAUCUCAUAUGUUUGCAUCGCUGUGGCUUUGCUUAAGAUCACUCAUGGUGGUGACCGGACCAAAGCCAUGAAAACCUGCACUUCCCAUCUCAUGCUGGUUGCAAUUUUUUAUCUCCCCAGUUUAAGUAUCAAUAUUUUAGCUAUAACAACAUCUCUAAAUACAAAUAUCCGGAUAAUUAACAAUUCCCUUUCACAGACAAUGCCACCGAUGUUAAAUCCCAUCAUAUACACUCUAAAGACAGACGAGGUCAUGCAAUCCAUAAAAUAUCUGUACAAACGAAACAAAGUGAAAGUUUCAAUGGAACGAAAUAUUAAAGACACUGAGAGAAAUUAA